AUGUUCGGUGGUGGAGGGGCUAAUAAAGUCCUUUCAAAGUGUUCGGUUUGGUGGAAGGAUGUUUUAAAAAUUAUUUCUUCUUCUUCUCAUGAUCCUAUUGUUGAUUUGUGUAGGUUUUCCGUCCAUAAUGGUUUUUCUACUCCGUUUUGGGAGGCUAAAUGGUUGUGUGAUUUUACUUUGAAAGAUUUUUUUCCGGAUUUAUAUGUCAUUUCCCGAUUAAAGUAUGUUUCGGUGGCGGCCAUGGGAGGGUGGAAAGAUGGUAUGUGGUGUUGGGGAGAUUUUGGAAUAUCCGAGGUAGAGGUGGAUGAAUUAUGCUUGGAGGAGGUCUAUGCGGAUUUUAAAGGGAAGGUGGUGGGGUUUAGAGGUUGGUUGGAGGGCAAGGAUGCCGUUGAGUGGAAUAAUUCCGAGGAUAAGGUUUUUUCGGUAGCUUCUUGUUAUGAAUUCUAUAACAAUCUUCGCUUUAGUUAUGGUCCUCCUAAUAGGAAUGAUGGAGCUUUUGGGUUGUUGUGGAAAUUGGAAGUUCCUUUUAAAUUCAAGGCCUUCGGUUGGAGAUUAUUCCUUAAUAGGCUUCCGGUGAAAGAUUUAUUGAAGAUCCGAGGUAUUUCUAUUUCUUUGGAGGAGUCUAAGUGUGUGUUUUGUGGGUUAUGUUUGGAAUCUUGUAAUUAUUUAUUUUUUAGUUGCUUGGUGGUGAAAAAUAUUUGGAGUGAGGUUGCUUUUUGGGUUGGUAAAGGGGACACGGUAGAUGAUGAGUGUUUGUCGAAUUUUACGGAUUGGCACUUAUUUUUUCGUAGUAAAAAAGUGAAAGAUAGGAAGUUGGGAGUGGUUUGGCUAGCCACCACUUGGGUUAUAUGGACGGUUAAGAAUGGUAGUUGCUUUCGGAAGGAGGCUUGGAAUGUGAAUAAUAUUGUUUGGAACAUUAAGCACUUGGUGUGGAGGUGGUCUUUUUGCGGGAAAAUUACUCACCCCAAUUACUCUUUCUACGAGUUUUGCAUGGAUCCUAUGCACUUUUUGUCGUAG